UCUGCCACCGAGGAAGUCAUCCAGCUUCUCGAGGAACUAUGGCGGCCGCCUUAAGAGGAACGGUAGUAGCGUUGGCCAAGGGUCUGGGAAGCACCCGCUUGCAGCAGCUGGUCUCUAGACCUCUAAGUGUUUCUGCAAGUCUUUGUGGAUCCGAAAGCCCACCUACCCGUGCUGAUAGUACCUUCAAGGUCACUAUGAUUCCAGGUGAUGGAGUGGGACCUGAGCUGAUGACUGCAGUCAAGGAUGUUUUCAAGGCAGGUGACAUCCCUGUUGAAUUCGACGAGUUCUUUAUCAGUGAAGUGCAGAACAGGGCGACUGACGAACGACUGGAGAAAUUAUUGGAGUCGAUGAAAAGCAAUAGAGUGGCUAUUAAAGGGAAGAUUCACUCACCAAUGGAGAACAAAGGGGAGUUGGAGUCUUUUGAAAUGAAACUAAGGCGCACACUGGACCUGUUUGCUAAUGUGGUCCAUGUGAACAGCCUGCCCGGCUACAACACUCGCCAUAACAACCUGGACCUCGUCAUCAUUCGUGAGCAGACCGAGGGAGAGUACAGCUCCCUGGAGCACGAGAGUGUGCCCGGUGUGAUCGAAUGUUUGAAGAUCAUCACCAGAGAGAAGUCACGACGCAUCGCCAAGUUUGCCUUUGACUACGCCACCAAGACAGGUCGAAGCAAGGUCACUGCAGUUCACAAAGCAAACAUCAUGAAACUAGGUGAUGGGCUGUUUCUGCAGAGUUGUGCAGAGGUGGCGGAACUUUACCCCAGAAUUAAAUAUGAGAACAUAAUCAUCGAUAACUGUUGCAUGCAGCUGGUUCAGAACCCCUACCAGUUUGACGUACUGGUCAUGCCCAACCUUUAUGGAAAUAUCAUCGAUAACCUGGCAGCAGGACUGGUUGGAGGAGCCGGAGUCGUUCCAGGGGAAAGUUACAGUGCAGAAUAUGCUGUUUUUGAAACUGGAGCUCGCCACCCCUUUGCGCAAGCAGUGGGCAGGAACAUCGCCAACCCUACAGCAAUGCUCCUCAGUGCUGCUAACAUGCUGAAGCACCUCAAUCUGGAGUACCACUCCCAAAUGGUGUCAGACUCAGUCAAGAAAGUCAUCAAACAGGGAAAGGUGCGCACCGGAGACCUAGGGGGCUACGCGACAUGUGAUGAAUUCACCCGGGCUGUCAUUGCCAACCUGCCAGUCGUAGCUUCAUAAAUGCAAAUCUGUGGGCUGCUGAGACACACACACACACAGUUUUUCGUUUAUUUUUUGGGAUUUUUUGCAUUCUGUCAAGGUCUGUGCACUGCCUCAGCCAAUGUACUGCAAAACACAGAAAAUCUGCACCAAUAUGUUUACAAAACAUUGUUUAAAGUGGCAUUUUGAAGACAAAACGUUAACAGUCGUGAACAUGUCAGCUUCGCCGACCUUUCGCUUUCUUGACCCUGCAAAAAUUCUGCUAAUAGCUUCAUUUCAGGUCACUAAGCAGCAGUCGCAACGGAUGGAUUCGUACAUCUGAUUAUUUAUUAACGUCGCGUUUUAGCUUAUCGCUUCAUUUGUGGCGAGAUGUGAAUAAAAAAUGAGACGUGA